ACAAAGGUAAUUUUUUUUAGUUCAAAGAGAAGACGGCGGAAGCGGCGGAUGUCGGAUGAUGUACCUAUUUCCGGAUCUACUGGAAGAAAUCUUCAUUCGAUUGCCGUUGAAAUCAAUCCUCAAAUUCAAAACCGUCUCAAAACAAUGGAGAUCAAUCGUGGAAUCCAAGAGUUUCACGGAGAGGCGCAUGAGUCUUCAAAAAAAUCACCGCAAAAUCCUGGCAGCGGCCGCCGGAGUAAACCGGAGCGAUUCGCGAUUCGAAGAGGUUGAGGUGGUCUAUCUACACUGCGAUGACGUCACACUACCGUCGCUGACAUCUGACGGUUUGGUUUGCCUCCCCGUACCGGGUUGGGUCAAUGUCAUCAACCCUACCACCGGAGAAUUCCUUAGAUUCCCUUCCGGUCCAGAUCCAGUGACCCGCCGCUAUCAAUGCCACAUUGUCCACUCUUGUGGCACUAUAUAUUUCCUGCAUUGUGGGCGAUGGGGUUUGGUAGGGAUAAAGUCAGUAAGAGCUUUAAAGUUGUGAGGAUGUUCUUUGAUCCUUACAAUUACUGUGAGGUUCUUGAUGUCAAUAUUGGUGAAUGGCGGAGAACACUCAGUGCCCCUCCUUAUCUGAUCGAUCCCAGAAGGAAGUCGGCGUGUGUGAAUGGUUCCAUCUACUGGUUAAAUUGUGGUCCAUUGAAACUACUAGCUUUUGAUCUUCACACACAAAAGUUUCGUGAUGUUCCCUUUUUACCACCUUCCGCUUCGUUUGCAGACCAGCUAGUAAACCUUGAUGACCGUUUAGCCAUAGCCACACCCUAUGGAGGGCCCUGGAAACUGGAGAUAUGGACCAUGGAUUUACAAAAAGAAGAAGACGGAUGGAGUAUGACUUACUCCAUACCUUUAUCCACCUCUAGAGAUCUUAACCCUUCUCCGAUUACAGUGCAUUUCAGGCCGCUGACUGUUUCUAAGGAAGGGAAUGUUUUCUUUCACGACAAUGACAAGAGGUUGUUGGUAUAUGAACCAAAGACUAACCUCAUUCGCUGCAUCUCCAAAGAUACUUGGGUUCUUCUCAGAUAUCCAAAUUGUUUAAACUUAUGCCUACCCUACUGCUUACCGCUACGGUUUUUUCUCAAAUAGUUUUCCGCUACUAUUUUGUUUCCUCUAGGUCCUGAUUUUAGUAUACUGAUCGUUUACCACAACUCUAGUGUGCCUGUACAAAAUGAUUUGUUUCUUUUGGUUACUUAAUUGCUUCAGCUUAA